UGCCAGUUGAGGGAUGAAAAGAGCAGCGUACGGUCACGCGUGUCCAGCAUGCGCACACACAGCUCUGCGCGUCUCAUCAGGAUGAUCGUGGCUCAUCCGACGGAUCUUUUCUGUCUCGAGAGAACAAAUUUAUCUUAAUAUUGCUGUUCUGGUACUCGUGGACUACUAGUAAAUUCUCGUAACUUCGGCUAUUUUAAGUCGUUAUUCUUUAGAUGUAUAAAAACUUUAACGAGAGCUGCUUUAAAGAGAGCAUACCGUUUGAUGAAAGUCGAAGGAAGCAAUACAACGGACGACAACUGAUACGUUUAAAAAACAGAAUAAGCUCUUGCAUUUAAAGGUUUGACUUUGGCUUAGACUUUAGGGAUACAAACAUGUCUAACAGAAAUAUUGAGUGGGAGCAUUUCGAGGAGCGCGAGAAAAGUCACCGGUCCUCGCGCGGCAGCGCAGGUACUCCCUCCGGCUCUCGUGGUAACGGGCCCGUGGCCAGUCCAGCUCACAGCGCGCACUGUAGCUUUUACCGCACGCGCACGCUCCAGUCGCUCACCACCGAGAAGAAAGCGAAGAAAGUUCGUUUCUAUCGCAACGGCGACAGAUACUUCAAGGGUUUGGUGUAUGCGGUGUCCAGUGACAGAUUCAGGUCACUGGACGCGCUGCUGAUGGAGCUGACACGCUCCCUGUCCGACAAUGUUAAUUUACCACAGGGAGUCCGGUGCAUCUACAGCAUAGACGGGGCGAAGAAGAUCAUCAGCCUGGAUGAGCUAACCGAAGGAGAGAGCUAUGUGUGCGCUUCCAACGAACCCUACCGUAAAGUGGACUACACCAAGAACGUAAACCCAAACUGGUCGGUCAAUGUGAAAACUGGCACGUCACGCUCACUGCCAUCACUUACCACCACCAAGAACGAGCUAAGGGAACGGGAGAGCAAAGACUUCAUCAAACCCAAGCUGGUGACGGUCAUCCGAAGUGGCGUCAAGCCACGUAAAGCUGUCCGGAUUCUCCUGAAUAAGAAAACGGCUCACUCUUUUGACCAGGUGCUCACGGACAUCACCGAUGCUAUUAAACUGGACUCGGGGGCUGUGAAGAAACUGUAUACUCUGGAGGGCAAACAAAUUACAUCUUUGCAAGAUUUUUUCGGAGACGAUGAUGUGUUCAUUGCAUGCGGGCCUGAGAAGCACCGCUACGCACAGGAUGAUUUUGUGUUGGAUCACAGCGGUAAGGCUUCUACAGCCUUUAUAACCGAGUGUCGAGUACUGAAGACAUCUUACUCUCCUCGUUCUCCUGGCCCUGUGAGACACUCUGGUAGUAAAAGUCCAGGACCGACCCGACGCAGCAAAUCCCCCGGAUCAGUGAGACGAACUGGUGGAAACUUCUCUAGUCAUUCUCCAGUGAAAUCACCAAUAAAUGGAGCACCCAACAGCCAAAUCACAACUCCCAAAUCCACCAAAUCCUCUAGCUCCUCCCCGACCAGCCCCCGCAGCAUGCACAACUUCAAGUUUAGUUGCAACAAGCGGAUGGGAGUACCCCUCCGUCUGACUCCACAGAUUCCAACUCACCACUCCUCUAUAACCAAUGUGAACGGCUCCUUCGAGCAUCCGCAGCAAAUUACCAACAGUGUGAGCCCUGAAGUUAAUGGCAAUCGGAACCUUGCUGCCUCUGCCAUUUUGGACAAGUACAAAAUUGGCAAAGUUAUAGGUGAUGGAAACUUUGCUUUUGUUAAGGAGUGUGUUGAACGAUCCACCGGAAAGGAGUUUGCACUGAAAAUCAUUGAUAAAAACAAAUGCCGCGGCAAAGAGCACCUGAUCGAGAAUGAGGUGGCGGUGUUGAGGCGUGUGAAGCAUCCUAAUAUAAUUAUGCUGAUUGAGGAGGUGGAUACACCCACUGAGCUCUAUCUGGUCAUGGAACUUGUGAAGGGUGGAGAUCUGUUUGAUGCAAUCACCUCCUCCACCAAAUACACUGAAAGAGAUGCAAGUGCAAUGGUAUACAACCUGGCUGCGGCUCUCAAAUAUCUUCAUAGAAUGAGUAUCGUCCACCGAGACAUCAAACCUGAAAAUCUGCUGGUGUGUGAGUACCCAGACGGUACAAAGUCUUUGAAGUUGGGUGAUUUUGGCUUGGCCACAGUGGUAGAAGGGCCACUGUACACUGUUUGUGGAACACCCACUUACGUCGCCCCAGAAAUCAUAGCAGAGGCAGGCUAUGGGUUAAAGGUGGACAUCUGGGCAGCUGGUGUGAUUACCUACAUCCUACUGUGUGGCUUUCCACCUUUCCGCAGUGAGAAUAACCUUCAGGAGGACCUCUUUGAUCAGAUCCUGUUGGGGCGUUUAGACUUUCCUUCACCCUUUUGGGACAAUAUCACCGAUUCUGCUAAAGAGCUUAUUGGCCAUAUGCUACGGGUGAAUGUGGAGGCCAGAUACACAGCUGAAGAUGUUCUCUGUCAUGCUUGGGUCACGGAGGAUGCUGCAAUGGAAAACAAUAUGAAGUUGGAGGUGGCAGGUAAACUCAAAACGCACUUUAACUCUGUGCAGAAACAGAGCAACACAACACCUGGAGUCUCUGUGAUUAUGAACACAGCUCUAGAUAAAGAAACUAUCCAGCUUAUUCGGCGACGUCUUGACUGCACUUCCCCUUCAGGAAAGAGCCCCUCCUCCGCCCACCCAGAGCAAAGAUGGUCCUACAAGGGAGUGUCGUCUGGCCAAUCGGAGGACUCGAUGAGUGCUGCUCCCGUAGAGCCGUUAGCCUCAACAACCCCUAAUGUACCAUCUGCACCAUCAGAUCAAUCUCUGCCGUUCCCUUCCUCUGCCCCACCUCUACCCCCAUCUCCCAUCACCUCCCCUUCUCCCUCUUUCACCCAAUGCAACGCUGAGGCUGAAACCAGCAAGGGCUUUCCAAAGGAAGAAUAACAUACUGACACGUUCAUAUAACAAUGUAACAAAUAUUAGGAAGGCAACACAUCCAAAUGUAUACAUAACUAAAUGAAUCAAUGAAUGACAACUUUGCAACUACUUAAAAUAGUAUGGUCAUAACUGUCUAGUAUAGUGGUAACUACUUGUCUCUUCCUCCAGACUCUGUAAUGUUUAUGCUUUCUGCUUGCUGUUUGGCACCCUUAUCUGUGGCAUAUGAUCUCAGUACCCAAGACUGUGUGAUUGAUUGUAUAAACAGUAGGUGCAUUGAAAUGCUCAUUCAGCUUUGUAUUCCCUCACAUCUGUAAGCAGCUCAUGUUUCAGUUAUAAAUAUCUAACGAGUUCGGGUGGUCCCUGCUGGAUUUAAAGAUGCUACUGUACAAAGUUUUUGAAACUUGUCCUGCUGAAACUUGAAGUUUGUUCUCAUUUCUUUGAGUGUAUGUUUGAUAAUAGACUGCUUGACUUUUUUACUCGACACGGAAGAAAAGUAACCCUCUUUUAUUGGGUGUGGGGCUUCUUGUGUGUUUUCUAGAGGGUGUGCCCGCACUACUGUGUUUUGGAGUCAUUUGCAGUAGAGUUGCCUUUAUAAGAGCCAGCAAAGCAAGAAUUAUGUAGGUAUUGUUAGGGUUUUUUUUUGGCUAAUUUAUUUGUACAGAUUAGAAAUAAGAUUAGAAAUCGUAUUUUCUCUGUCAUUAUAGAGCCAGCAGACACAUUAGUGACUGUAUUUGAUUACAAUCUUGUUUUGCAUAGUCACCAAUUGCUUCAUGUAGUUCUGUAUUCUGUAAUCUCAGUACUCUCCAGUUUCCCAAAAUAUGUAAUGCAUACAAAACAAUCCAACUACAAAGAGGUAAAUGCACUGAUCUGCAAAGUUUUUAACAUGUAUUUGACUAUUUUUGCGCCGUGUCAAUGUGGAUAUCUACAGUGUCGUUUCUGGCAGGCUACAUUUCAUGUUUUAAUGUGAUUUUCUAGUGUUCUUUACCAUUACAAUAAUCAAAAGGAAAUGCAAUAAACUUGUCUUGUUGUUUAA